GAGGCCGCGCCCGGCGAGCCCCGGCUCCUGGGCCGAUUUCUCGUCCCGCUCCCCGCCCGGCCCCGCGGGCGCCGCUUCCCAGGGCGGGGCUGGGAACCGAACGCCGACAGCGGGGCAUUGAGAGCAGCGGUGGCUGCGGAGCCCGGGCGGGAGCGGUCGCCAGGCACACUGCUGCCGGCGGGAGCGCGGGCUGCGCCGUGCCCUGGCCCCGGCGGGUGUACAGGCUCGAGGAAGAAGGGGUUUCGUAAAAUCGCGUCAGCCGAAAUGAGGAGACACCGAGAACGGUGGUGAGAAGUCAGCCCAUCUGCAACACCGUCCAUGUCCCUGCCUUGCACUGCAGCCAGUGAAGAUGCGUGUUUCUAUCCCUGUGCAAAGCUGGUCUAUAUAACUACUGAACAGAGCUAUGUGCUGAAGUUGGAGAUCCUGUCAAAAUGGGAGUACUUUUGUUCUCUGCAACUUGCACUUUGCUUCUGACUCUGGUGCGAGGGCACAGUUUAUUCACAUGUGAGCCAAUUACUAUUUCCAGAUGCUCAGGAAUGCCUUAUAAUAUGACCUUUUUCCCUAACAUCAUGGGACACUAUGAUCAGGACAUGGCUGCACUCCGAAUGGAGCCUUUUCUUACACUUAUGAAUCUUCACUGUUCGCCAGACGUCCACACAUUUCUGUGCAAAGCCUUUGUCCCUGCCUGCCUGGAGCAAGUUCACGUGAUUCACCCUUGUCGAAGCCUCUGCGAGAAAGUGUAUUCUGACUGUAAGCAGUUGAUAGACACUUUUGGAAUCGCAUGGCCUGAAGAACUGGAAUGUACCAGACUAGUCAAUUGUGAUGAGACCGUUCCUGCCACUGCUGCGGUAACCGCAAAUGUCCAUGGAACUCAGAAGACCCAGGUGCAGACCCGAAGGGACUAUGGAUUCUGGUGUCCACGACACCUACACACUACCAAUGGACAAGGCUACAAGUUUCUGGGAAUUGAUCAGUGUGCACCUCCGUGUCCCAACAUGUACUUCAAAAAUUAUGAAUUGGAUGUUGCGAAAAGCUUCAUUGGAAUAGUUUCGAUCUUUUGUCUUUGUGCUACGCUUUUCACCUUCUUAACUUUUCUGAUUGAUGUUAAAAGAUUCAGGUACCCAGAGAGGCCCAUCAUCUAUUACUCCGUCUGUUACAGCAUAGUCUCUCUCAUGUACUUUAUUGGAUUUUUGCUUGGGAACAGAACUGCCUGUAAUGAGGCAGAUGAGAAGUUAGAAAUUGGUGAAACAGUUGUUCUUGGCUCCCAAAACAAAGCCUGUACCGUCCUUUUCAUGGUUUUGUAUUUUUUCACUAUGGCAGGAACUAUAUGGUGGGUGAUUCUCACAAUCACUUGGUUCCUUGCAGCGGGAAGGAAAUGGAGCUGUGAAGCUAUCACACAAAAGGCCAUGUGGUUCCACGCUGUUGCGUGGGGAAUUCCUGGUUUUCUAACCAUUAUGCUCCUCGCAAUGAACAAAGUUGAAGGGGACAAUAUCAGUGGAGUUUGCUUUGUGGGUCUCUACGAUGUGGACGCCUCUCUGUACUUUGUGCUUUUGCCAUUGUGCCUUUGUGUUUUUUUCGGCCUCUCUCUCCUCUUAGCUGGCAUUAUUUCUUUAAAUCACGUGCGGCAAGUCAUACAGCACGAUGGCAGGAACCAGGAGAAGCUGAAGAAGUUCAUGAUCCGCAUUGGAGUUUUUAGUGGCUUAUACUUGGUACCACUUGUAGCACUUCUUGGAUGUUACGUGUAUGAACUGGUGAACCGGAAAAUCUGGGAAACCACUUGGGUAUUUGACCACUGUGACCAGUACCAUAUUCCUUGUCCUUAUCAGGCAAAGGCACUAGCAAGACCAGAAAUAUUUUUGUUUCUGAUGAAAUAUUUGCUGACACUAAUUGUUGGUAUAUCUCCAGUCUUCUGGGUGGGCAGUAAAAAGACCUGUUCUGAAUGGGCCAAUUUCUUCAACAGAAACCGCAAAAGAGACCCAAUUAGUGAGAGUCGAAGAGUGCUGCAAGAAUCAUGCGAAUUUUUCUUGAGGCACAAUUCCAAAGUUAAACAUAAAAAGAAGCACUACAAAUCAACCUCUCACAGACUGAAAGUCAUUUCAAAGUCAAUGGGGACCAGUACGGCUGGCACAGCAAAUCACGGGACUUCUGCGGUAGCAAUCACCAAUCACGAUUACUUAAGCCAAGAAAAUGUUGCAGAAAUUAAAACCUCUCCAGAGACAUCUGAGAAAGAGAUAGAGGCAGAUGGGACAUCAGCCCGAAGAGUUGAGCAAGGUGGAAACAAUGGAGAUCAAAUGUUACCUAGUUCUAAACUGACCAUGGAUCAGGUGGAAAAAAGAAGCAAAGCAGAUAGCACAUGUGAUAUGAGUAGCCUGGCUGAGAGUAUGAGGAGAGUAGGUGAAGGAAGAAUAACUCCUAGAAGUGAUUUCAUCGAAUCUCCUCCAUUACAAAGGAGCUGUUCCCAAAUACCCGAUGUCUCACAGUCAGCUUCCGUGUCACUGCUCGUCUACUCACCUUCAGAUGCUAGAAGAGAGCUGGAUUCAGGAAACAGUUCAAACCCUUGAAAGGCUGAAAUUUUGUAUGAACAUUUUCAGUGCAUAAAACUGAUACAGAUUUUGGGUUACACUGGAAAUAACAGGUAUUCUGUGCCUUAUUAAAAAAAAAAAACCCACAUAUCUUGCUUUGCACUUAAAAGUUAUAAGUUUUGUUGUAGGGACAGCUAGCAAUACUGUACUGUACUUAAUCCUAUCCAGGAAUAAUGGAAAUUGAAGUUCCGUAGGACACAGCUGGACUGACUGGCAGUAAUUUAAGGAAAAGAUGAGAGAAGCAAAUAUUAUUCCAAAUAGAAAGAACACUUUGUAAUGAAUUGCAUUAAAAUAAUGCUUAGAAAGCACUGUUACUUUUAAAGGCAUAGAAGUUCCAUCUGCAUUUUUGAUACUUUUCAAGACUUGUUAAUUUUUUUCUCUCUUUUUGCUGUCUUAAGCAGCAGUAUCACUUAAGGGAUGCAGAAUCUAUAAAUGCUCUCUAAAUUAUGUGUCAUGUAUCAAUUAUAGCACUGGUUUAUGGUAGCUUGUACACUGAAUAUCAAAGGGAAUCUGGAAUUAGAGUGAUUUAUUUUGUACAUAAAAAUGAAUUUUAUAAAUAACUGAGGGCGUAACGUCAGUCCUGAGAGCUCCUGGUUUGUGUGUGUUGUGCAAAUGUGGUAAAGUUAACCUGCUCCCCUGAGGUGGUUGUUGAGCUCAGCAGGCCUGUGCCAAUCAGGCCGCUUUAGUUACUUCUGAGUAAAGCAGACGGGGCCUCUGUAUCCAGCACACAGCCUACGCUGUGCACUUGGGGCAAGCCUGGUAAGAGACCUGCACGUCCUCUUCCAGCUGUGAUGCGUUAGAGGCAGCGCUGCUUCAGAAAAGGGUUCGUCUGGGCCUGGCUGCUGUGGCGUGGCAAGGGAGGAGACACUUCAUAUCUCCAGCAGUGUGUAGGGGGCAGCAUCCAAAGUCUGCACUUGUGGGUUUUUUACUCAGGUGCAGGUGAAGUGUGUGUUUCAUGUUGUUUCUAUGCAAGUAACUUUAUUUUUUAAAAUCUUGUAGAGAAUUAUCUUGAAGAAACUAAACACUAGAGUUGUUAAUAUACACACUUGUUUAAUUAUAUAUUUACUUAAAAGAAGACCUUAAUACUUUUUCUACAAAGCUCAGUUUUCUAUAUGCUACAGUGAUAUAUUCACUUUAAAUCAAACAGGCCUUAAUACAUGUGGGGUGGUUCUAUCAUACUUAUGAUAGGGUGGUUCUCAGGCACAAGUAUUACUGACAUGAACAAGAAUUACAUCAAUUGGUUCUUCAGAAAUCCUGGCUUCAAGGAAGACAAUGGAAUUUAUUGCUCGAGAUAAUUUGGAGCAAGGAUUUUACUGUUUCCUAAACCUAAAUGUCAGUUGUAAGACUGUUCAACAUCUCACGUUCUAUUACUAAUAAGAAUAUUUCUCAAUAUUUUGGUAUCCCGUGGAGAAAUUGCUGUGUUCCAAUUUGGGCAGCGUUUGUGGCGAUGCUUUGAGCAGUCAAGCAACAUUGUGUGGUACAAAGGUUGUAUAAAUGCUGAAUCAGCAGGAACUCCAGUUCUGAUAAACCAAAGUUACUUUGUGUAUCCACUGUGUAUUAACAAUGGAACAUAUUUACCUUUAUGUUACAGCAUCUGCAUUUUAGUGUUUGUAAUUUAUUGCCUUCGGUAGGACACACUGUUUCUUUUUGUAAUUUCCCCAUUACACAGAAUUCUUCCUGCUGAGGAAGAUGGUGAGAGAGAGCUGAAAACCCUCCCGUGAAAAUACACCCUAAGCACCCUUUGUUCUUGUACUUAUGUUUGCAAACGGGUAAUUUUAUGCACAUGUUUGGUAGUUUUGUUAUUACUGUCUUGGUUAGUAAUAAAAUAUACUGUUGUAUAGUAAGA